CAAAUAUUUCGUACGCUGAUCCAAGUCCUUCCCGACACAUAGAAAAUGGGCAGAGUCAUUAGGACGUAUAGCAUACAUUUCGUCCACGUGGUUGAAGGUGUGACCCCGCGACCCUGCUUUUACGAGUUAUGCACGUGUUUUGCUUUAAUCAUUUCGCUGCUUGCUCCGCUGGUGAAUGCCGAUUGUUUUGUAAUAGAAAUAAUGGAGAAUGGAAAAGACUCUACCAAAAAGAAAAAGAAGGCGAAGAAUGUUAAUGUUGCGGAAGCUCAACGAAGUGGAGAUUUUUUGAUUGAACCUGAAGAUAAACCACCACCAAAGCUUAACACAUCAGAUUGGCCACUUUUAUUAAAAAAUCACAAUCAACUGAAUAUCCGAACAAAUCAUUACACUCCGCUUCCUUUUGGUUGUUCACCUUUAAAACGAAAUAUUCAUGAAUAUGUGAGAACUGGAUUUAUAAAUCUCGAUAAACCGGCCAACCCAUCCUCACAUGAAGUUGUUGCUUGGUUGAGAAGAAUCCUGAAGGUAGAGAAGACGGGGCAUAGUGGAACACUUGAUCCAAAAGUAACUGGAUGUCUCAUUGUGUGUGUGGAACGAGCAACACGACUCGUCAAAUCUCAGCAGUCUGCUGGUAAAGAAUAUGUCUGCAUUGUAAGAUUACAUGGUGUUAUUGAAAAUCAGCUUAAGCUGGCAAGGGCAAUUGAAACCCUUACAGGAGCUUUGUUUCAACGACCACCUUUAAUAUCUGCUGUCAAACGACAACUUCGUGUGAGAACAAUCUAUCAGAGCAAACUAUUAGAGUAUGAUAUGGACAAAAGACUUGGCGUUUUCUGGGUAAGUUGUGAAGCCGGCACUUACAUUCGAACUCUGUGUGUUCAUCUUGGUUUAUUGCUCGGAGUUGGAGGUCAGAUGCAAGAGUUACGAAGAGUUCGAUCAGGAAUUAUGUCAGAAAAUGAUGAUCUUGUCACGAUGCAUGAUGUGCUGGAUGCUCAAUAUCAGCUUGAUCAUCAUAAAGAUGAAACUCAUCUUCGAAGGGUUAUCAGUCCAUUAGAAAAGUUGCUUGUUUCACAUAAAAGAAUUAUUUUAAAAGACAGUGCUGUAAAUGCAAUUUGUUAUGGUGCAAAGAUAUUGUUACCUGGCGUUUUGAGGUAUGAAGAUGGAAUUGAAGUAAACCAGGAAAUUGUGAUAAUCACAACAAAAGGAGAAGCAAUUUGUCUUGCAAUUGCACUUAUGACCACUGCCGUGAUAUCAACCUGCGAUCACGGGAUUGUUGCCAAAAUCAAACGCGUCAUCAUGGAACGGGACACUUACCCCAGAAAAUGGGGUUUAGGGCCUAAGGCAUCUUUAAAGAAGAGCAUGAUCAAAAAAGGUUUGCUGGGAAAAUAUGGAAAACCAAACGAAAAAACACCAAAAGAUUAUUUAGAAGGCAACCCUGAUUUUAGCUUAACAGAUGUUGGUACAAUCGUUAAAACACCAGAAGCUGCUGAAGACAUUUCCACCGCAGGAGUUAAGAGAAAACGCAAUUCCAGUGACAGUUCUUCUGAAUCCGCACCUCAAGCUAAAAUUGAAGUAAUUGAAACCCCAGUUACUGUAAAAAAGACUAAAGAUGGUAAAGAAAAAAAGAAAGAUAAAAAAGAAAAGAAGGAAAAAAAGAAAGCGAAGAAAUCUAAAGGAGAUGAAUCCCUUGAUGCAUCUGUUUUAGAUAAAACUGCUGAAACAACAGAUGGUGAACUUAAGUCUCCGGAGAAGAAGAAGAAAAAGAAAGAUAAAUCUGAAAAGGAUAAAAAGAAGAAAAAAACUAGUGAAUGAAAUAAUGGACAUCUUUGCUGAUCACUGCCAAAUUAUUUUAUAUUUUUUUUUAUUUCCUUGAAUGAUUGUGUCCACUUUGUUAUUUCUGCAUUUCUAGUGUUUUAAGCUGCCGUUUUUAUUUGCGACACGUUUAAAAUACAGUGUGCCAAGGUGCGAAUAUUAAAUAAUGGAAAUGAAGAGCU